AUGGGAAACCUACCAGUAUGUGAGGAGAAAGCUGUCCAGUCUGACAACUCAUCAAAUAGCAGUUAUGCCUACAUCUAUUAUGACAACUACGUAUACUAUGGCGAAGAAACAAAUGAGCUACCAGACUCUAAAAAGGCUAUAAUCUAUCUAGCUUAUCAAAUUUUACCAGUAAUAAUGGCCGCAGUGUCUUUUUCCGGAAACUCUCUUAUCAUCAUUACUUUGAUGCUGAAGAAAAAUCGGGUGUUUUCUACAUCAGCAUUGUUUAUUUCACUGGCAGUUGCUGAUUUGAUUGCUUCUGUUAGUGGCUCAUUUCCAGCCUGGCUAAUGGACAUGAUCGACGUUGACAUCAACGAUUUGAACAUUGAUAUUGACUGCAAGAUGAGUCCACUCUUUUCUAAUGCCGGAAAAUUUGUUUCCUCUAUAGUUUUGGCGGCCAUAACUAUUGAAAGAACGCUUGCUGUUUACUUCCCUCACAAAGUUAAAGUUUUAUGUAAUUCAUUCAAAGUAAAAGUGGCUUUGUUUGUUGUAUGGACAACAUGCUUUGGUAUCAGCAUAUUUAUAUCAAUUCAAUAUGAACCUAUAAUAUCGGAUGGCUUCUUUUAUUGCAUUUCAUCUGUAAGUUAUUUUACAGCUAUUCUUAUAUUCUCCAUUGAGUUUCUAAUACCUUUCAUCAUUAUAGGUGUAGGUUCGUUUGCCAUUAUUGUCAGACUAUAUGUGCGAGUAGACGUAACAUCAAAAGGUAAAAAAAGAAAAACAGACAUGAGAAAUAUAACAUUCACCCUUAUUAUAAUAAAUAUAGUAUUUGCUGUGACAAAACUUCCCUAUUUUGUACACAGUACUGUAAUCUUGAUAAAAGAAUCAUGGAAAUGUGAGGUCCUUGAACCAAUGGAUAGUUAUUUUUGGAGUACAGUUUCUAUAACAAUGGACGAUAUGAAUCAUGUGGUAAAUUUCUUUAUUUACUUUUUGACCGGUACACAGUUCAGAAAUGAUGUUAAAUAUCUAUUGUUUAAUUGGAUCAAGAAAUGUCGAAACAAGAAUUAA